GUGUGCAGACAGCCAGCAGGUCGUCCUCGCUGUAGGUCGUCGCCUCCACGCCAGCAGCCGGGGCUUCCUGCUCACGGUGUCGGACGUCCUGGGUCUUGGCCAGAAGCUGCCGUACAGAUCCAAGAGAUCCCUGCUGGUGCCUCCGAUGAUCGUUACCGAGAACCAGAGAGCUCCCUUCCCCAGGAUCAUCGGCAGGUCUCAUGUGAUUUCGGCACAGAAGGUGGGGAACCAAAUCUUCCGACUGACGGGCCCCGGCGCCGACCAGGAUCCCAAAGGCCUGUUCACCAUCGACAUCGACACGGGAGACGUGUCAGUCAGCCGCUCGCUGGACCGGGAGGCCAUCGACUCCUACCUGCUGGAAGUAUCAACCACAGACUUUGCUGGAAACCUCAUCGAGGGACCGACCUCGCUCGUGAUCACAGUCAUUGACCAAAAUGACAACCGGCCCAUCUUCAAAGAAACGCGUUACACAGGAGAGGUGCUCGAGGGAUCCCCGACAGGGACCACGGUGAUGACGAUGACGGCGUUCGAUGCCGACGACCCCGGCACGGAUAACGCCGUGUUGCGCUACAACAUCGUCAGACAGUCGCCGGACAAACCGUCGCCGAACAUGUUCUACAUCGACGCGGAAAGAGGCGACAUCGUCACCGUCAUCUCUCCGACGUUACUCGACAGAGAGACGUUGCCGACCACGACGUACGAGUUGGAGAUCGUGGCCAAGGACAUGGCAGGAAGUGAGGUGGGCCUAACAGGAACAGCCACGGCCACCAUCACCAUCACAGACAAGAACGACCAUGCCCCUGAGUUCACACAUCCGCUGUUUGAGGCUCACGUGUUCGAAGGCUCGACGGGCGUCGUGGUGAACCUGACGGUAGACGACAGAGACGAUCCGGCCACGGGGGCCUGGAGAGCCAUCUACUCCAUCAUCAGCGGAGAUCCCAUGCAGAGCUUCGAGAUCCAAACCAACCCGGACAACAACGAGGGAAUGCUGUCGGUCGUCAAGCCCCUGGAUUACGAGGCCACCAUGUUCCACACGCUAUACAUCAAAGUGGAGAACGAGGAUCCUCUGGUCCCCGACGUGGGCUACGGCCCCAGCUCCACGGCCACCGUCAGGGUCACGGUGGAGGACAUCAACGAAGGCCCGGUGUUCUUCCCGGACCCCCUGAUCGUCACCAGGAUGGAGAACAUCCCCGUGGGCAGCGUGGUGGCUUCACUCAACGCCACAGAUCCGGACACACUAGAGAUACAGAGCAUCAGGUACGCUGUUCUGCAAGACCCAGCAGGCUGGCUGAGUGUGAGUCCAGUCAAAGGAACUGUCAACACCUCGGCCUCGCUGGACCGCGAGUCUCCUUAUGUCCACGACAACAAGUACACAGCUGUCUUCACCGCCACAGACAACGGCAACCCGCCGGCCACAGGUACGGGCACGCUGAUCAUCUACCUGGAGGACUACAACGACAACGCCCCCUACGUGGUGCCGUCGGUAGCGCGGGUGUGCGAGGACGCCCACGACAUGAACGUGGCCAUCGUCGGAGGCUGGGACAAGGACCUGGCGCCCAACGCUGCACCCUUCAAGAUAGAGCUGGGAAAACAGCCCGGCCUAGACAAAACAUGGAAGGUCACCAGGGUCAACUCCACACACUCUCAAAUCAUGCUUCUGCACAGUCUGAAGAAAGCCAACUACCAGCUCCCGCUGCUCAUCACCGACUCAGGCGUGCCCCCUUUGUCCAACAACACAGAGGUGAAAGUUCAGGUGUGCAUCUGCAAGAAGAACAAGAUGCACUGCAGCUCGGCCCACUCCCACCGCGACAGCCUCCUGGUGCUGCUCGCGACGCUCCUGCUUGUCCUACUCUGCCUGUAGAUUCUGCUGAAACCUCCCGUAGCCCUUUUUUGCAACACUGAAAAGCAACGACUUAUCUCCCCCAUGCAACCCAGGCUUAGGAGAGAAGAAGAAGAAGAAGAAAAAAAAAGAAGAAGAAGCGAGAAGAAGUCUUCUCACCGCGACAAAUCAAACAAGAAAACACACACACUCCCCACAGGCACAACUGCUGUAUAACACCACUCUGCAUUUCUUUUUUUUUUUAAACACUUAUCCUCCUGCCGCUCUCAUCUCCUUCUCUUCAUCUUUCCUUGUUGCAUCUUUCCUUCCCUACUUGAAUCUUUUUUCUUUUCCCCCCUCCUCCCCUACCUCUCUUUCACUCUCUCUCUCGUCUUGCACUUCAUUCACCAUCGAUUAUUUCAUCUCUUUUUUACAGUUUCCAUCGUAUUCCAUUUUGGCACCUCACCGUUGCACUGGCAGGCAAAUACUGGGUAUUAGCAGCAUUCAUGGCAAUACGCCACAUCUGUAGGAGAUACUUGAAACAACAUGUAUAUUGAUAUUGCAACAAAACGAAAGCUAGAAAUCUAAUUCAUAUUGAACCACACCUUAAACCUACAGCCUUCCUCCUCCUGCCCCCCGGUUCCUUCUAUCCUUUUCUAUCUCCCCCUGUUGCCCCGUUUCUCCUCUCAUAGCUACCUCUUGUUUCUUUCUCCCCUCCCCGUGCAUAGACAUCACCCCACUAUCUAUCUGCCCCUCUCGUCUAUCUAUUGACCUCCCUCUGUCUCUCACCGGGCCAGAGAACACUGCAAAGGCUGAGCUACUGUCCUGGUCGGGGGGGAAGAGCAUUGACUUUUUUUUUGAUGUGUUCCUUUUUUUUUUUUUUUUGUUCUUUUUCUCGUCACAGACUGUGUUUGAUCUUGUUUCCCUCUUUAAGCGGAGAGAACAAAGCCCGUUUCCUUUGUCUGCAGUGGUUGUGGUCUUUUAGGACAAGGUGGUAGCCAUAAGCCUUCAAAGUCGGAAACUCUCUGGAGUCGUUUCUUCGAUUUGCUUCUGUUUUUAUUGCAUUAGUUGUCAUGGAGUGGAAAACAGUAUAUCUUUAUAGUAACGGUGUAAACCUUUAAAGAAAAAAGAAAAAAAAAAGUACUAUUAUAUAAAUAUUUUAUUUUUUACCAUUGUAUAAAUAUACAGUAUUGAUUAACUUAUGUACUUUGAUUGCAAGUUCUUUGGUCACCCACAAAGUGAGUACAUUUAAAAAAACAAAACAAAUAAAAAUAGGACAUUUUCUUUCUGUGAAUUUUAGGCACUAUUUCUAAUGCUAUUGAUGUGUUGACUAUUUUAUUGUAACAUCUUUUCUUUGUUUUUUUGUUUUUUUAUUAUUAUUAUUUUUUAAAUUUGUGAUUAAUUGCAGAAUCAGGAGUCUUGUUUCGAUGACUGCAUUUGUGUUUAGGUUCGAUUCUGUCUCCCGUCCAGUUCUGCCCUCUCUCCCGUUCUCUCUUCAUGUCUCACUCCAAGUCCCAAGAAGAUGCGUGAGAAGGAAACUCAAAGGCCGUGGUUUUUGGUGGAUAGUCUCGCUUUUUUUCUCUUGCACUCAUCUAAAGAACUUAGCGUGUGUGGGUUCGUUUGGAAGACCACCUUCAAGAAAAAGAUGACAUUUUGAAUAAGUUAUGUCUGUCUUUUGCACUAAUUUAAUAAAGCCGUUACUGAAAAUUCCCACA